CUUAUUAAAUAGGUUUUAUGUGUCACAGUUUAAGUGCAAUGUCUAAAGUGUUUACAUCUGCCAAAUUAAUUGCAUUCGGCUUCAGCGGUGGGUCGACUCAACUGCGAAAUGCUGCAUCUUUAUCUGCUUCAAAAAUGAAAUUCGACCUGAACACUAAACCAAAAGCGAAGCCAGAGUCGUACGAGGACAUCGUAUUCGGCUCAGUGUUCACAGACCACAUGUUGACGAUAGAGUGGGAUUCGAAGAGGGGCUUCCACGCUCCCCAUAUCAAACCGUUCGGGAAUCUAUCGUUGCAUCCCGCUGUCAGUUCUCUCCAUUAUGGGUUACAGUUGUUUGAGGGCAUGAAGGCCUACAGGUCAAUGCGAACUGGGAAGGUGAAUUUGUUCAGACCCAAGAAGAACAUCGCCCGACUGAACCAGUCUGCCUCACGAAUUGCACUACCAUUCGUGGACAGUGAUGAGUUCCUGGCGUGCAUCAGUGAGUUGGUGAGUUUGGAUCAGGACUGGGUGCCCCACUCCAGAAGAGCCUCUCUCUACAUGAGGCCCACAUACAUUUCCACUCAGCCAACUCUCGGUGUGUCGCCUCCUCACCGGGCAAUGCUGUUUGUGUUACUCAGUCCAGUGGGUCCCUACUUCAAAACGGGCACAUUCCAACCUGUGAGGCUUCUGGCAGACACCCAAUAUGUCAGGGCGUGGGAAGGGGGCACUGGCAAAUACAAACUGGGAGGAAACUACGGAGCAACGAUUGGAAUUCAAAAGAAAGCAGAAAAAUUGAAUUGCCAGCAGCUGUUGUGGCUGUAUGGGCCCAAGCACCAUCUGACAGAAGUGGGUGCAAUGAAUAUAUUCGUAUAUUGGACCAACAAAGACGGAGAGAAGGAGCUGGUGACACCUCCUCUGAGUGACCUCAUAUUGCCAGGGGUGACACGAGACAGUAUUUUGGAACUAACCGACAGCUGGGAUGAAUUUCAAGUUGAGGAAAAGAAAAUUUCAAUGCCAGAAGUAUAUCAAGCAGCGCUUGACGGAAGGCUGCAUGAAGUCUUUGGCGCAGGAACCGCAUGUUGUGUUUGUCCAGUGAAAUCUAUUCUGUAUCAGAGAUCACUGGACCAGCCGGAAAUUGACAUCGAGAUUCCGUUCGACGAGAAAACAUCCUUGGCCAAACGAAUCUACGACAGUAUCACUGCCAUACAAUAUGACGAAGUGGACAGCGAAUGGUCUGUGGCAAUUGAGGAUGUGAUCAGCGAAUCAAAAGACAGGAUUUUAGCUUCUAGCCUCAAGUAGUAAAGCAAAUCAGAUCAGCAGAAAAGCAAUGGGAUUAAAUCAUCAGAUACGCAAUGCAAGUAGUGCAAAAGAUACUUACCAAAUUUGGAGAAAAGGGUCACACUUGACGACACUUGUAGUGUUUAAGCCCAUUAGUGUUUAGUAUAGCAUACUGUAAGGUACUCAGGAUCUUAGUGUUUUAGUUUUAAUUACGUAGAUAUCAGA